UUCAGGGAAAACACACUUCAUCCUGAUGCAGUUUGGAUCUCUAGUAAAUGGAAGACAUUUGUGCCGCAAAACAAGACAAAAAUCCAUUCAUUUUCUAUAGUUUCUGAGCUAGGUUCUCUCUGUUCUCAGUCUUAGAUUUGGAAACCCUCUCAGCGAUGGAUCUGAACUUCUACAGCGAGAACAUCAGUAUUAACCACAGCAUGCUCUUCAACGACAGCAGAAACCUCACGUUCUUACCGUUCUACCAGCAUUCCCUCGCCGUGGCCUCCGUCAUUAUCCUGGCCUAUGUGCUCAUCUUCUCGCUGUGCAUGCUGGGAAACAUCCUGGUGUGCUUCAUCGUGCUGAAAAACAGGCAGAUGAGAACCGUCACCAACAUCUUCAUACUCAACCUGGCCAUCAGCGACCUGCUGGUGGGCAUCUUAUGUCUUCCCAUCACGCUGGUGGACAAUCUGAUCACAGGCUGGCCGUUUGAUGUGGUCAUCUGUAAAAUGAGUGGACUCGUCCAGGGAGCUUCAGUCUCGGCGUCGGUCUUCACGCUGGUGGCCAUUGCAGUGGAAAGGUUUCGUUGCAUCGUCUAUCCGUUCCAGCAGAAGCUGACGCGGCGUCAGGCCAUCAUCACCAUCGCCUUUAUCUGGGCGCUGGCCGUGGCCAUCAUGUGUCCGUCCGCCGUCACGCUGACCGUCUCGCAGGACGUCUUGCACUUCACCGUGGACGGGGACAAUGAGACGCACCCGCUCUACACCUGCUGGGAGGCCUGGCCAGACCAAAACAUGAGGAAGAUCUACACCACUGUGCUUUUCUCACACAUCUACCUGGCUCCGGUCACGCUUAUCUUCAUCAUGUACUCACGCAUCGCGGUCAGGCUGGUCAAGCCGCCCGUCUUCCGCCGAAAGCUGCGCGUGGUGAACAUGCUCCUGAUGGUGGCGCUGCUCUUCGCCGUCUCCUGGCUUCCGCUCUGGAUCCUCAUGAUGCUGACGGAUUACGGAAAUCUUUCGGCCGCUCAGCUGGACCUGGUGGCCGUCUAUGUCUUCCCGUUCGCUCACUGGCUGGCCUUCUUCAACAGCAGCGUCAAUCCUAUCGUUUAUGGCUACUUCAACGAGAACUUCCGGCGUGGAUUCCAGGAGGCGUUUAAGCUGGGUUUGUGUGUGGUGGACGAGCCAACGCAGCCCAGACGCAAUUCAGCGUGGAAACACAACCGUGUGUUUGCAGACCGAGACGAGACGAACGCAAAGAGCGACGGCCGGAGAGAGUUCUGCAGCGGAGAACAGAGAGAUGAGCUGGUGCUGGAGGAUCUGGACUGAGACACUGACACACUCAUGCAAACACACACGCACACACACACACACACACACACACACACAC